GAACAUGCAGACUGACAGCAUCGUGUGAGGGUUUGUGUAUGGAGUGUUUGCUGUUCAUCCGAGCGCGGAGAGACAGCCGUGACCAUGGAGACUGUACGCGUCUGUCAAGGGCACGAGUGGGUGCGUCAGAGCCGUUUCCACUGAACUCAACCCACAUGACUGUUUAUACUGCUAACACUAACAGGUUAUGAGGCUCACAACAUCUCACACAUUCUGCAAACACUACAAAAACACCGUCCAGCAGUACAGCCAUCAGCCGGUUCAGAGCAGAGCGUUUCCAUUGACAUAAGAGUCCUCCAUAGUAACCAAACAGGUGUGGCACUUACACCAGGUGUGUUUGACUAUCAAAUAGCAGAGAGAAGCUGCUCUCGGUGCAUUUCCAGUCUGUCAGCAGCAGCCGAAGACCACGCCGAGCAGAAGGGAAUCAGACUGCAUGAAAGCAGCCUGAUGAAACAUGAACUGGGGAUUCCUGGAGAAUGUGUUAAGCGGGGUGAACAAGUACUCGACUGUCGUCGGACGGGUCUGGCUCUCCAUCCUCUUCGUGUUCCGCAUCCUGGUGUACGUCGCCGCCGCCGAGCAGGUGUGGAAGGACGAGUUCAAAGACUUCGUCUGCAACACACAGCAGCCGGGCUGCGAGCAGGUUUGCUUCGACCGCUUCUUCCCCAUCUCUCAAGUGCGGUUAUGGGCCAUUCAGCUGAUCAUGGUGUCCACCCCGUCGCUGCUGGUGGCUCUGCACGUGGCUUACAGGGAGCACAGAGAGAGCAAGUACAAGAGGAAGCUGUACCAGGACAAAGGCAGCAUCGACGGAGGGCUGUUCUUCACCUACAUCAUGAGUCUCAUCCUCAAGACGUCCUUCGAGGUGGCCACUCUGCUGGCUUUCUACUUCCUGUACAGCGGCUUCCACGUUCCCCGCUUGCUCCGGUGUGACGAGAGCCCCUGUCCCAACACGGUGGACUGCUACAUCGCAAAAGCCACCGAGAAGAAAAUCUUCCUUUAUAUCAUGGGCUGUACGUCUAUACUGUGCAUUGUACUGAAUGUGGUGGAGAUGAUGUACAUCAUAUCGAAGCAGUGCUGGAAGUGCUUCAGUAAGAGGUACACUCCUGUGCACGAAAGACGGCCUCCAUCCACACUCACUCUCAGCUCACCGCCGCCGCUAGCCGUGUCUAAAGAGGAAGGGCUUCAUUCUGUUCUGGCUGGAAAGGAAAGCCCAAAGCUUGCUGCUGCGUGAACGCUGGGGCUUUUUCAAUGCAUGCUACACCAGUUCUUCUCUGCUGAUGGCCUGCAGACAGCAAGGCAUCACAAGAACAAGUGCAAAUAACAAACUACAGUCACAUAGAGCUAUGUUAGCAGAGCACACAGAUGUAGGAACUUUCUAAGAGGAAGAGCAAACGCUUUCCAUAUCUUUUGUCAUACUGUAGUCAAGUUAGACGUCAACAUGCCCUCAUCCUCACAAACCAUCAACAAAACUACACUAUAUAGCAAAAUAAUACCCAGAUGACAUUAAAUACAGGUUCAUUUGAAAUGAGGGUAAGUUCGUCAACCACAGUAUGUUUAUGAAACUAUUGACUAUUACUAUUAAAACCAAACCUGUCCAUUUUAUUAUUCAGACAGUCAUGUUGAUCAUUAAGCAUAUUUUUUGGCCUGUGAAGCUCAUGAUAAUAUUAAUAUAUUUAUUUUUGUUUGAUAAAUAAUUGUGGCACUGUCCAAUUACAAAACCAGAUGAGAACCAUUCGGUUAAAUUGCACAGAGCCACUUCAUAUUAUUAACUUUCUUUAAUUACCAUGUACUUUUAAAUUAAUCAUUUGGUACAAUGCACUUAUUGUGCACAUACAAGUUUUUACAUUGUCCUUGAAUUUAAAACACCUUUCUGUAGUUACACCUAUAAUUACACCGCUGACCCUAAUCCUAACCAUGCCCCUAACUUAAACCUUAUUCCACCUCAAUAGCAGCUAAAGUGUUUUGAAAUUCAACAGGAACAUAAGUACAUUGUACCAAACCAUUCAUUAUUUGUGAUGCAAGUACACAAUAGUUAGUCAAAAACACCUAAUAUAAAGUGGAACCACCUGUACUUAUGAGGAUUGUAUCUUUUACAUGUCUAAAAUAAAUAAUAAAUAACCUUGUCAGAUAACCAAGGUGGAUCAGUGUGUUAUUAAAAAGUAAGUGGUUUGAGAACAGAAAGAAAAACGAAAUGACUCCACAACUUUAAAAGCAUUUGCCAGUAUGGCCUGACAU